UCCCACUCGGGAGAGACGGAGGACGAGGCGAGGAGGACACAGUGCUGCUGCUGUCACUGCUGGUUUUCGGGCAGCAUGCAGAAGCUCUCAGCUACAGAAGUGGAGGCUCCAAUAACAUUAAAGCUUACUUUAAUUAUCCAAGAAGCUUCAAACCUGCUCCCUCUGGUGAAGCGAGCUCUGCUCAGCCUGGAGGGUUUCUGGUGGGAUCUGGAUCCAGUUUCACUGAAGGUGGUUCGUCUGCAGACCUGAAGCCGGCUGCACAGAGUGAAGGAGGUUACAGCGGUCCUCAGGGUUGGCGAGUAGAUGGUUACAGUCCAGAAAGAAGUGUUUCCACUUACAGGCCGCGUCCACCAAUCAUUCAGAAACCCAGACCAAACCCGCAACCACCUCAGACAAACCCGAGUUCACAGGGUGUCCCCCAGACCAAAGCCGGCAUGUGGGAGUUCCCGUUUCUCCAGAACACACGAAGCGUUGGGAUGGGUGUCUCUUCAAGUCCUGGAAUUGACAUGCAGUCUCGCCACCAAAUUAAGCUAGACUAUGUUAACCCAUCAAAGCCCAGUUACCCGUCCAAGCCUGUGCCGCAGCCCAGUUACCCGUCCAAGCCGGUGCCGCAGCCCAGUUACCCGUCCAAGCCGGUGCCGCAGCCCAGUUACCCGUCCAAGCCGGUGCCG